CGGGGCCAGGAAGCGCGGAAGGAAUCGCCUGGGCCAUGGACGGGGCUGUGAUGGAGGGUCCGCUUUUUCUGCAGAGUCAGCGCUUCGGGACCAAGAGGUGGAGGAAAACUUGGGCUGUGCUUUACCCAGCCAGUUCUCACGGCGUGGCGCGGCUGGAAUUCUUUGAUCACAAGGGGUCGAGCUCUAGAGGGGGUCGAGGCGGCUCUCGCCGUCUAGACUGCAAGAUGAUACGCCUGGCUGAAUGUGUGAGCGUGGUGCCGGUGACUGUGGAGAGUCCCCCUGAGCCCGGCGCUGCUGCCUUCCGCCUGGACACCGCACAGCGCUCGCACCUGCUGGCGGCGGACGCCGCAUCCAGCACAGCCUGGGUGCAGACUUUAUGCAGAACCGCCUUUCCGAAAGGCGGCUGGGCUUUGGCGCAGACGGAGAACCAACCUAAGUUUUCUGCCUUGGAGAUGCUGGAGAAUUCUCUGUACAGCCCCACCUGGGAAGGAUCCCAGUUCUGGGUAACCUCGCAGAAGACCGAGGCUUCUGAACGCUGCGGCUUGCAAGGCUCCUACAUACUGAGGGUGGAAGCUGAGAAGCUGACCCUCCUGACUUUGGGUGUGCAGAGUCAAAUCCUGGAGCCGCUUCUUUUCUGGCCCUACACUCUGUUGCGUCGCUAUGGCCGGGACAAGGUAAUGUUCUCCUUUGAAGCUGGUCGCCGCUGCCCCUCAGGCCCUGGGACCUUCACCUUCCAGACUUCUCAGGGAAAUGACAUCUUUCAGGCAGUUGAGGCUGCCAUCCAGCAGCAGAAAGCCCAAGGAAAGGUGGGACAGGCACAAGAUAUCCUCAGAACUGACUCCCAUGAUGGGGAGACAGAGGGGAAGACAGUUCCCCCUCCUGUUCCCCAGGAACCCCUGGGCAGCCCUCCAGCCCUAUAUGCGGAGCCUUUAGACUCCUUGCGAAUUCCUCCAGGCCCUUCUCAGGACUCUGUAUAUUCAGACCCCCUGGGCAGCACCCCUGCUGGGGCAGGGGAAGGGGUACAUUCGAAGAAACCUCUCUAUUGGGAUUUGUAUGGGCAUGUGCAGCAGCAGUUACUGAAAACCAAGCUGACAGACUCCAAAGAGGAUCCCAUCUAUGAUGAACCUGAAGGCCUGGCCCCCGCCCCUCCCCGGGGCCUUUAUGAUCUGCCUCAGGAGCCUCGGGAUGCAUGGUGGUGCCAGGCUCGGGUGAAGGAAGAGGGCUACGAGCUCCCUUACAACCCUGCCACCGAUGACUAUGCUGUGCCACCUCCCCGAAGCCCAAAGCCUGCUCCUGCCCCUAAGCCACAGGGCUUGAUCCUUCCCGAAUCCGGUACCACGCGUGGUAGUGGCAGCAAAGGCUUCAGCUCAGACACAGCUCUGUACAGCCAGGUCCAGAAAAGUGGGACCUCAGGGGCUUGGGACUGUGGACUCUCUAAAGUAGGGAAUGACAGGGCGGGGGUCAAGUCUGAGGGUUCCACCUGAGCCAGUUGCUGAUAGGAGGUCCAAUGGGGUGGUGGCACUGAAAAAGAAACCGGAGGGUGGGAGGGGCCAGGGACCAGAGGAGUCAAGGGAUGACCAGUCCCGGGAGUAGAACAAACAGGGCUGAGGGAUAGGCCCUGGGGAGCCCCAGCAGUUAAGGAUGGCUAGCUGAUGGACUAGGCCUAUGGAAGCGGCCCACUGGUCUGAGUGGGUGCCCUUUGGGGAGACCAGUGUGGAUCUUCAUUCUUGUUUUGUUCUUUGCCAGAUACAUAUUUAAUUUAUAAGACAAAUCUCAUUAAAGCCAGCUUGGGUUGAAAA